AUGGGUAGGGUAAAGUUGAAGAUAAAAAGACUUGAGAGCACAACCAACAGGCAAGUUACAUACUCGAAGAGAAAAAGUGGGAUAUUGAAGAAAGCCAAAGAGUUGUCGAUUUUGUGUGAUAUUGAUAUCGUCCUUCUUAUGUUUUCUCCUACCGGAAAGCCUAACGUUUUCCAUGGAGAGCACAGUUGCAUUGAAGAGGUUAUUUCUAAGUUUGCGCAAUUAACUCCGCAAGAAAGGACAAAAAGGAAAUUGGAGAGCCUUGAAGCAUUGAAGAAGACUUUUAAGAAGCUAGACCAUGAUGUAAAUAUACACGAGUUCUUAGGAGCAAGGAAUCAAACUAUUGAGGGUCUAAGUAACCAAGUAGCUAUUUACCAAGCUCAGCUUAUGGAGUGUCAUAGGAGGCUAAGCUGUUGGACGAACAUCGAUAGAUUAGAAAACACUGAGCACCUGAAUUUAUUGGAAGAAUCGUUGAGGAAAUCUCUUGAAAGAAUCCAGUUUCACAAGGAACACUACAGAAAGAGCCAACUUAUGCCAAUAGAAUGCACAACAACACAGUUUCACAGCGGGAUACAGUUGCCUUUGGCCAUGGGAGGUAAUAAUAGUAUGCAAGAAGCUCACUCCAUGUCUUGGCUUCCUGAUAACGAUAACCAGCAAACAAUCUUACCUGGUGAUUCCAGCUUUCUUCCUCAUAGAGAGAUGGAUGUUUCGAUUCCGGUUUACUCAAACUGCUUCUUUGAGCCUACAAAGCAAGAAGAUCAGAUGUGCAGCAACCCUGUACAACAGUUUGAGCAGUUAGACCAACAAGGAAACGACUGUUUGGGUUUACAACAAAUUGGGGAGGAAUAUUCAUUUCCUGCACCGUUUGGUACUAAUUUGGGAAUGGAAGAAGAUCAAUACAAGAAGAUCAUCAAGUCUGAAAUGGAAAUGCACAGCUUGCAACCACAACAACAACAACAACAACAACAACAACAACAACAACAACAACAACAGCAACAACAGCAACAAGAUCCUUCAAUGUAUGAUCCAACGGUUAAUAGUAAUGGUGGCUGCUUUCAAAUUCCUCAUGACCAAUCCAUGUUUGCCACUGAUCACCAUCAACAUCAACACCAUCAUCAUCAUCAAAAUUGGGUUCCAGAUCCAAUGUUUGGUCAGACUUCUUACAACCAGCAGCUGAACUAA